AUGGAAGAUUUUAACAAGAGCGAUGUCAAUUUGACAACAUAUUUUGAGGAAAUUACUCGUUGUAGUGAGGAUGUAAAUGAUACCAUAAAUGAUAUGUACAAUAAUCCGGAACUAGUAUCUUUAAAAGUGGGUGACUCUUUCAAUACUUUUGAUGAUGCUGAGACUCAUAUAUGUCGAUUUGCGGAAUAUAAGGGAUUUAAGAUACGACUUGGGCAUGUAAAAAUGGUAGAUACAACUAAAGACAUAGUAGAUGCAACUGAAGACAAUAAAGUAGUUCAUAAAGUAUUGAUGGAAAGAAGUAAGGAAGAACAAAAGCGAAAGCAACUUGAAGAAUGGAGACAGGGCAUUCCUUCUACAGCAAGCAUUGUUACUCAGAUGAAGGAAAGUGUGUAUUAUACGGCUAGUCGUUUCACAAUUAAAGAGGUAGAAUCAUAUAUAGUUUAUGAAUUUUCACAAAAUAAGGACAUGGAUGAUGAGCCCGAUGUGGUUUACCUGUCAGCUAAGUACCUUCUAGAAAGUUUGGGUCUCGCACAUACUGCUGUAAAUAAGUGUAUGUUGCACCGUGAUCAUGAAUUUGUUGGUUUAAUUGAAGCUUAUUUAGAAAAGAUUCAUGCAAGAGAACAUGAAUUGCAAGAAACUGCAGUACCCCAAUAUACUAUUGAAGAAGGUAAUGUGAUGCCGAUUGCGAAUCCUCGAAAGGUGGUUACCAAGGGAAGACCAAGGUUAGCAGGUCAUGAUCAAAAUGUUGUAACACAUGAAAAAAGUAGUAAGAAAUGGGGGCAAUAUACUUGUGGAUUUUGUAAGGAACCAGGUCAUAACAUUGCAACCUGUCUGCAUAAAGCAAAAGA